ACUCUCUUGCUAAAUCUCUUCGCUUUUCUCUUCUUAUGAGCUUCAAUGGCUGCCAAAACCUCACACAAAACCCUCUGCGUCGACUCUCCCAUGCUCAAGAAGAAGCGCCCACGCAAAACCAUUCCAAGAGACACUCCCUUGCCACGAACCUCACCCUACAGGGGUGUUACCAGGCAUCGAUGGACAGGUCGAUUCGAGGCUCAUCUCUGGGAUAAAACUUCCUGGAAUCAAUCGCAGAACAAGAAAGGAAGACAAGUGUAUCUGGGAGCAUACGACGAUGAAGAUGCUGCGGCACGUGCUUACGAUUUGGCAGCAUUGAAGUAUUGGGGUCCGGAAACCGUCCUCAAUUUCCCUCUAUCAAAUUAUGAAGAACAGCUUAAGGAGAUGGAGGAUCAAUCUAAGGAAGAGUACAUCGGAUCCUUAAGAAGAAAAAGUAGCGGCUUCUCUCGGGGCGUCUCAAAAUUCAGAGGCGUAGCAAGACACCAUCAUAAUGGAAGAUGGGAAGCACGAAUUGGCAGAGUCUUCGGCAAUAAAUAUCUAUACCUUGGAACAUACGGUACAGAAGAAGAAGCAGCAGUGGCAUACGAUAUGGCGGCCAUAGAAUACCGUGGACUUAAUGCUGUUACCAACUUUGACCUCAGUCGUUAUAUGAAAUGGCUACGUCCAAAAGACCAAUCUCAACCUCAACUUCAAGCCCACGAUGACAGCCCAAGCCCAAUACCAUCUGGACCUGAAUCUCGAAAUGCCACCUCAACAUUGGGCCCUCCGCCGCCGCCGCCACCUUCUUCACCCUCCACCUCAAACCUUCCUCCUCGUCCUCCUCGCACAUUCCCCGAAGAUAUUCAAACUUUGUUUGAAACUCAAGAUUCAGCUGGAAUCUACACAGACACUGAUGACAUUAUAUUUGGCGACUUGACCUCCAUUGCUUCACCAAUUUUUCAUUGUGACCUUAAUGCUUAAUUAUUAAUUUCAACAACGAUUUCUAUUG